GGAUAAUCCUUCGUGUGAGGAAGCUUCUGCUGCUAAUUCCAACAGACCCUGAAGUGCAGGACGCACUCGACAACUUUGUUCCCAAAGAAUCCAGUGUCUGGAGCCACCAGAAAACUCUUUUCACCCUUGGGCAGGGCUCCGGCUCCCGUUCUCCAUCUGUAACUCCCAAACAGCAGCACCAGCCCAGCGCUGCUUCCAUCUUGGAGUCCCUUUUCCGAUCCUCUGCCCCGGGCAUGUCUACUUUCAGAGUGCUUUACAAUCUGGAGGUGCUGAGUUCCAAGCUGAUGCCAACAUCUGAUGAUGAGAUGGCCAAAACCAGCAGCAAGUCCUUCUGUGAAAACUUCCUCAAAGCCGGAGGCCUUAGUCUGGUGGUGAAUGUCAUGCAGAGAGAUUCCAUCCCAUCUGAAGUGGACUAUGAGACCAGACAGGGAGUCUACUCCAUCUGUCUUCAGUUGGCCAGGUUCCUAUUGGUUGGUCAGAGCAUGCCGACAGCACUGGAUGAUGAUGUCAUCAGGGACGGCGAUGCGCUGUCGUCCCGGCCGUUCCGUAACGCGGGAAGGACGGGACGACAGCUGUCCCUCUGCGGGACCCCGGAGAAGUCCUCCUACAGGCAGAUGUCUCUGUCUGAGCGCUCGUCCAUACGAGUGGAGGAAAUCAUUCCUGCUGCUCGCGUCGCCAUUCAGACCAUGGAAGUAGGCGACUUCACAUCGACCGUAGCCUGCUUCAUGCGCCUGACCUGGGCUGCUGCUGCAGGCCGGCUGGAUCUCGUUGGAAGCCAGCAGCCAAUCAGAGAAACCCAGAGUUCACUGCUUCCACAGGGAGUCCGAACCAGAGUCAGCAGCACUGGUAGGAAGGAAAACCGCAUGAAUACUUUACUAGAUGCUCUUUAG